AUGAUUACAUUCAUAUCAGUGAUAGCAUUUUGUGUAAUUAUAUCGGAGGUUGUAUCAGAUCCUCAACUUUGCGUUUAUCAAAAAAGUGUCGAACUGGUGAACAGGACUUACAAUGGCAUCACAUUUGGGGACGAUGAAAUUAUACUGAGUAACACAACUGGAGAGGAGAGAGGAUGUGUGUGUCUCAAGGGAACUUGUGCCAGGAAAUGUUGCCCAUUUGGAUGGGUCUACAAUGAGCCUAUAACGGAAUGUGUUCCAAGUUCUUAUGUUUUCGAUCCCCCCGUCGGGAAACAGAAAUCUGGAAUAAUAGAAGGAUUCAACGCAACGAAAGAGUUUAUUUUCAUGAUUGGUAGAAUGAAAUGUACUGGAGAUAAUGAAGUCAGAAUAGCAGCAACACCAGAGUUUCCAGAAAUGCUUUUAUUAAAUGAUGGCAACCUCUAUGUUGGAAUUCCAAACAAAAUGCUGAUCAUCUACGAACCGGAUAAGUACUGCAUUGAUACAUUCCUCGAAGACGAUGAAACAGCUCACCUGGGCGCCUUGAUUUGCUAUAAAGGGAAACCAGAUCCAAAAAACCAUGAAAUUAAAAGUAGUUGUAUGCUGAUCUCGUGUUUCUUCAUCCUUCUGACCGUGGCAGUAUAUGCGUGGAUACCAGAGCUCCGCAACCUCCCUGGCAUGGUGCUCAUGGCAUAUCUCCUCAGCUUCUUCGUGAGUUUUCUGUUUCUGGCAACAAUGCAGAUCUUGAUAAUGACCGAUGAUAUCACUCAGAAUAUUUGCCUUGUUUGCACGUUCAUCGUGUACUUCUCCCUGCUGUCUGCAUUCUUCUGGAUGAACGUUAUGUGCUACGAUAUCUGGUGGACUUUCAGUCGUACAUGCUGCAAGAAUAGCCAGGUACUGCCAGAAAAGCCGCAUAAACGGUUCACCUACUACGCAUUAUACGCGUUUGGUGUGCCAACUGCCCUCACCGCCCUGUUGGCAACGUUGGAGUUCUCCAAGUCUCUUCCAGUACAGCACCCCCUGCUGCCAAUGAUUAGGCUACAAGGCUGUUUCUUAUACGGUAACAGCAGGUUUAUAUACUUGUACGUGCCCAUUGUGAUUCUCUGUGUGGCAAACACGACAUUCUUCGUGCUGACGGCGUUCAAGAUAGCGAAGAUGAAGCGAGAGUCACAAAUGUUGCAGGGCAGGGAAAGCGGCACCCACGACCAGCAAAGGAAAGACACACAGAGAUUCACUGUUUAUAUCAAGUUGUUCGUCUUGAUGGGGAUCAACUGGAUCCUAGAGGUGAUCGGCUCCAUCUACCCUGAACCGGAUGCUUUCUGGCAAUUCUUUGACGCCUAUAACGUACUGAUUGGCCUCUUCAUCUUUAUCAUGUUUGUGUGUAAGAAGAAGACUUGGAAAAUGAUCAAGAAGAGGUUCGCACAGGUGAAAGACGACCAGCUGCACGCAACAUAUACGACUAAUGGCGAAUUUUAAUGACAAUGUUAAUUUUUAAAUCCUUUCUUAAAUAAAUCUUAGCCAUAGAAUUAAGGCCGUCAACACACUUACCUAUCCUCUGGUGUCGCGGACAACAAUAUAUUGAUUGCUUACCAUCAGAGUAUCUCUUCACAUUCUUCGUACAUCGAUGUAAUUUAGAGGUCAGACAGUCCGCUGUACCUGCUUAACCAUAUUGCCUUUACUUGUAAUAAACUAGUUAUUAUUUGCA